AUGGCAGCGGCGGGCGGCGGGCCCUCGGCGGGGGCUGGAAGGGGCGGCCGCGGCGACCGCUGCAGGAAGGUGUACGUGUUCGACCGGCGCGAGAAGGACUCGGAGCAGGGCGAGCGGCUGGUGCAGGUCGGCGAGCGCUUGGACUUCGCGGGGUUCCGCGCCGCCGUGUGCCAGAGACUUGGCAUUUCACCUGAGGAAAAAUUUGUUAUUACAACAACAAGUAGGAAAGAAAUUACCAGUGAUAAUUUUGAUGAAACUGUUAAAGAUGGAGUUACUCUAUACUUACUAAAGUCAGUCAACCAAUUACUACUAACAGCUACAAAAGAAAGAAUUGAAUUCCUACCUCACUAUGACACACUGGUUAAAAGUGGCAUGUAUGAAUAUUAUGCAAGUGAAGGACAAAACCCUUUGCCAUUUGCUCUUGCAGAGUUAAUUGACAAUUCGUUGUCUGCUACUUCUCGUAACACUGGGAUUAGAAAAAUACAGAUCAAAUUGCAUUUUGAUGAAACACAAGGAAAACCUGCUGUCGCAGUGAUAGAUAACGGAAGAGGAAUGACCUCUAAACAGCUUAAUAACUGGGCUGUGUAUAGAUUGUCCAAGUUUACAAGGCAAGGAGAUUUUGAAAGUGAUCAUUCAGGAUAUGUUCGACCAGUACCAGUGCCACGCAGUUUAAAUAGUGAUAUUUCCUAUUUUGGUGUUGGAGGCAAGCAGGCUGUUUUCUUUGUUGGACAAUCAGCCAGAAUGAUAAGCAAACCUGCAGAUUCCCAAGAUGUUCACGAGCUUCUGAUUUCUAAAGAAGAUUUUGAGAAGAAGGAGAAAAAUAAUGAGUCAAUAUAUAGUGGAUUUAUUAGAAACAGAAAGCCAUCUGACUCUGUUCACAUUACAAAUGAUGAUGAAAGAUUUCUACAUUGUCUUAUCUCAGAGGAGAAGGAAAAAAAAAGCUUUACUGCUGUGGUUAUCACAGGAGUACAACCAGAACAUAUCCUGUACUUGAAAAAUUAUUUCCAUCUUUGGACAAGACAGUUAGCGCAUAUUUAUCAUUACUAUAUUCAUGGCCCAAAAGGAAAUGAAAAACAUACAUCAAAAGAAGUUGGACCUUUCAACAACAUUGAUAUUGAAAUUUCUAUGUUUGAAAAAGGGAAGGCACCUAAGAUUGUCAACCUAAGGGAAAUACAAGAUGACAUGCAGACGUUGUAUAUAAACACAGCAACUGAUAGUUUUGAGUUCAAAGCUCACGUUGAAGGAGACGGUGUAGUGGAAGGGAUUAUCCGAUAUCACCCUUUCUUAUAUGAUAGAGAAACUUACCCUGAUGAUCCAUGCUUUCCAUCAAAAUUAAAAGAUGAAGAUGAUGAUGAGGAUUGUUAUAUAAUUGAGAAAGGUGCAAGAGGGAAAAGGCCUAUUUUUGAAUGUUUUUGGAAUGGACGUCUAAUACCAUAUACAUCUGUUGAAGACUUUGACUGGUGUGCUCCUCCUAAGAAGAGAGGGCUUGCACCAAUCGAGUGUUACAAUAGAAUAUCUGGUGCAUUAUUCACUAAUGACAGAUUCCAGGUCAGCACAAAUAAACUGACUUUUAUGGAUCUUGAGCUAAAAUUGAAAGAUAAGAACACUCUUUUUACAAGGAUUUCAAAUGGACAGGAGCAGCGAGUGAAAAUUGACAGAGAAUUUUCUUUCUGGCUCAAAGACUGUCAUGAAAAGUAUGACAAACAAAUAAAAUUUACACUUUUUAAAGGAAUAAUCACACGCCCUGAUCUUCCUGCUAGAAAACAGGGCCCCUGGGCCACAUACUCAGCAAUAGAAUGGGAUGGAAAAAUAUACAAAGCAGGACAGCUGGUGAAGACAAUCAAGACACUUCCUCUUUAUUAUGGAAGCAUAGAAAAAUUUUUUCUUUAUGGUAAUCAUGAUGGAGAAGUAUAUGCUACUGGAGGAGAGGUUCAAAUUGCAAUGGAACCACGAGCACUGUAUGAUGAAACAAAAGUUGUGCCAAUUGCAAAACUGGAUAGGACCUUUGCUGAGAAAGCUGUAAAAAAAUACGUAGAAGAUGAAAUGGCAAGGCUUCCUGAUAGAUUGUCAGUAACUUGGCCUGAAGGAGAUGAAUUAUUUCCCAAUGAGAUCAGGCCUGCUGGAACCACCAUUGGUGCAUUAAGGAUUGAAAUACUGAAUAAAAAAGGAGAAGCGAUGCAAAAGCUUCCAGGAACAGGUCAUGGAGGGUCAAAAAAACUCCUAGUUGAGCUCAAAGUUAUAUUACACACUUCAAGUGGAAAUAAAGAAAUCAUUUCACAUAUUAGUCAACAUGGAGGAAAAUGGCCUUACUGGUUUAAAAAAAUGGAAAAUAUUCAAAAAUUGGGGAAUUACACAUUGAAAUUACAAGUUGUAUUGAAUGAAAGUAAUGCAGACACUUAUGCUGGAAGACCACUACCAUCUAAAGCAAUUAAAUUUUCUGUUAAAGAGGGUAAGCCAGAAAAAUUUUCAUUUGGUCCUCUGGAUUCUCCUUUUCGUAUUGGAGUUCCAUUCAACAUCCCUCUGGAGUUUCAGGAUGAAUUUGGUCAUGCUAGUCAAUUAAUAAAUGAUAUUCAGCCAGUUCUUGAAGCAAGUGGUUUAUCUUUACAAUAUGAAGGAAUAACAAAGGGACCAAAUUGUAUAAUUCGAGGUGUUACAGCUAAGGGACUUGUAAACUCUUGUCAAGGCAAGACUUUUAAUCUGAAGGUUAUUCUUCCGGGUUUUAAAGAAGACUCACAGAUUUUGAAAAUUAGAUUCCUACCAGGUCCCCCUCAUCAAUUGAAAGUGAAACCUGAUUCUGAAUUUUUAGUUAUAGAAAAUGGAACGGCUUUCCCAUUUCAGGUAGAAGUUUUGGAUGAAUCAGACAAUAUAACAACACAAUCAAAAUUGGUUGUUCAUUGUAAGUUUUUAGGUGCUCCUAACCUUCCACUCUACACUGUGGAUUGCAGUAGUUCUGGAACCAGUAUUUUAUCAGGACCUGCAAUUCAAGUUCAGAAUAUUAAAAAAGACCAGACGCUUAAAGCUAAAAUUGAAAUACCUAGUUGUAAAGAUGUGGCACCUGUGGAGAAAACGAUUAAGUUGCUUCCCAGUAGCCAUGUUGCAAAAUUACAGAUAUUCAGUGUGGAAGGACAAAAGGCAAUCCAGAUCAAACACCAAGAUGAGGUUACUUGGAUAGCAGGCGAUGUUAUGCGUAAUCUUAUCUUUCAAAUGUAUGAUGAAGGAGAAAGAGAAAUCCAUGUAACACCAACUUUAGCAGAGAAAAUUAAAGUUAACUGGACUCCUGAGAUUAACAAAGAACACUUGCUGCAAGGUCUGCUUCCUGAUGUACAAGUACCAACAUCUGUAAAAGAUAUGCGCUAUUGCCAGGUUUCAUUUCAAGAUGAUCAUGUGUCUUUGGAAAGUGCAUUUACAGUAAGACCCCUACCUGAUGAACCUAAAUAUCUAAAGUGUGAGUUGAAAGGAGCAAAAACAGUACAGAUGGGCCAAGAGCUUCAAGGGGAAAUAGUUGUAAUAGUUACAGAUCAGUAUGGAAAUCUGAUUCAAGCAUUUUCACCAAGUUCUUUAUCUGCCUUGGGAAUUGCUGGUACUGGACUUGAUAGCUCACAGUUGAAAACUACCUUUCAGGAAAAUACACAGAGUAUAAGUGUAAGAGGCAUCAAAUUUAUCCCAGGUCCUCCUGGAAAUAAGGAACUUUGUUUUACUUGGCGUGAAUUUUCUGACUUUAUUCGAGUACAGCUAAUUUCUGGACCACCAGCUAAACUUCUCCUUAUAGAUUGGCCAGAAUUAAAGGAGUCUGUUCCAGUGAUUAAUGGAAAAGAAUUACAGCAUCCUCUCAUUGUUCAACUUUGUGAUCAGUGGGAUAAUCCAGCACCUGUACCACAGGUUAAAAUAAAUAUCAUAAAAGCUAACAAUUUAAAGCUCACUCCUUCAAACCAACAGUACAAAACAGAUGAAAGGGGCAGGGCUAAUUUGGGAGUGUUCAGUGUUUAUGCCCCUAGAGGAAAACAUACUAUGCAGGUGAAAGCCAUCCAUAACAGGAAUACCAUAGAAGGACCUAUAAUUAAGUUAAUGAUUCUUCCAGACCCUGAAAAACCCGUUCGUCUCAAUGUUAAAUAUGACAAAGAUACUUUAUUUUUAGCAGGGGGUAUUUUCACUGAUUUUAUGAUUACUGUUAUUUCUGAAGAUGAUAGCAUCAUUAAAAAUAUUAAUCCAGCACGUAUUACCAUGAAAAUGUGGAAGCACUCUAACAAUGGGAACCGACCACCAGCAAAUGCAGAAACAUUUAGUUGUAAUAAAAUAAAAGGUAAUGACAAGGAAGAUGGCUGCUUCUACUUCAGGGAUAAAGCAAUUCCUAAUAAAGUGGGGACAUAUUGUAUCCAGUUUGUUUUUAUGAUGGAUAAAGCACUUAUUCUUAACAGUGAACAGAUUAUAGUUGAUGUUCAACCUAAUCAACCUGUGAAGUUAGUACCUAAAAUUCAGCCAGCCACACCAGCUGUUUCAAAUGUUCACUCAAUUGCCAAUAGGACCCUGGUCAAAGAUUUACAUCUAAUUGUCACGGAUGACUUCAACAAUCAGACUGGACUUGAUUUGGUUGGCACUAUAAUAGCUACCAUCAAAGGUUCUAAUGAGGAAGAUACUGAUACACCACUCUUUAUCGGGAAAGUCAGAACACUUGAAUUCCCUUUUGUAAAAGGUUCCGCUGACAUCACGAGUCUAGUGCUGGCAGAAAAUAGUCCUGGAAAAGAUAGUACUGAAUACUUUAUUAUAUUUGAGCCUCAGCUACCAGAUUUAUCAAGAACAUUAGAAUCAUAUAUUCUACCAUUUAUGUUUUCUAAUGAUGUUAAGAAGCAGCAACAAAUGCUAGCAUUUGCAAAACAAAAGGAUGAAUUAUCUCAAUCUAUUGAAAUGUAUAGAACUGUAUUUGAAACCAGCAAACAGCUUAUUGAUGAAAUGAAGUGCCAAGUUGAAGUAGCAAAAUCAAAAGAGGCCCAGUUGCGAAAUGAACUAAAAACAAAUAAUAUUGACAUUCCUACAACACAACAGGUGCCAUACAUUGAAGCAGUUUUAAAAAGAAAGAUAUUAGAACAAGAAGAACUAAAGAAAAAGCCAAGAAGAUCAUGUACCCUUCCAAACUAUACUAAAAGCAGUGGAAAUGUUUUGGGAAAGAUUGCACACCUGGCACAAAUUGAAGAUGAUAGAGCUGCAAUGGUUAUUUCUUGGCAUCUGGCAAGUGAUAUGGAUUGUGUUGUCACCUUGACCACUGAUGCUGCGCGUCGUAUCUAUGAUGAAACCCAAGGUCGUCAGCAAGUGUUGCCACUUGAUUCUAUUUAUAGAAAGACUCUUCCAGAUUGGAGAAGACCUUUGCCUCAUUACCGAAAUGGAAAAUUAUAUUUUAGACCCAUUGGAGAUCCAGUCUUUGCCCGAGAUUUGUUAACCUUUCCAGAUAACGUAGAACAUUGUGAAACAGUGUUUGGUAUGCUAUUAGGAGACACCAUUAUUUUGGAUAAUUUGGAUGCUGCCAAUCAUUAUAGAAGAGAGGUUGUUAAAAUCACACAUUGCCCUACACUGCUCACAAGAGAUGGAGAUCGCAUUCGAAGUAAUGGAAAGUUUGGGGGCCUUCAGAAUAAAGCUCCCCCAAUGGACAAACUUCGGGGAAUGGUAUUUGGAGCUCCAGUACCAAAGCAGUGCCUGGUCUUAGGGCAACAAAUAGAUCUUCUUCAACAGUAUCGUAAUGCUCUGGACAAGUUGAACAGUUUGACCAAGGAACUUAACAGUGAAUUAGAGUACCUGCAAUCUCCAGAAAUGAAGAAGAAAAAACAAGAACUUGAUGAACGAGAGAAAACUCUGAAACUAAUGGAGCAACAGCUUCUAGGUAUAACUCCCAUGCGUAAGUGCAGUGACUCCUUAUUUCAUCCAGCAAAAGUUGAAAUGGCAGAUUGUCCAAAUCCUCCUAAAAGAAUGAGAAGAGAAAUUACAAGACAAAAUAGAAAUGGAACCAAAACAAAUGUGUGA